GACGUCGCAGCACCAGGUGACCCACAGACGUCGUCAGUGAACGUUGCAGCUACUUUACGGUCCAUAGUAGAAAAACAAGGAAGUAUCCGUGUGUCAGACCACACAAAAGAUGUCGUAUCGGUUAGCUGGGAGUCGUCUAGCCUAUUUCCAGAGGACUUGUCUCAAGACUUUCACCAGCCGAACACUAGUAGAUGUCAAAUUCAAAAGAACCUGUCCAGUUGAAGUGAGCCACCUGGACCAUUUGGUCCUUACAGUGAAAAGUGUCCCUGACACCAUCAAGUUUUACACCUCAGUCCUUGGCAUGGAGGUCAUCACUUUCAAGGGAGACCGUAAGGCUUUGGGUUUUGGGCAGCAGAAGUUCAACCUUCACCAGCUGGGACAGGAGUUUGAGCCUAAAGCCAAGCACCCAACCUCAGGAUCUGCAGAUCUGUGCCUCAUCACCACAACGCCUCUAUCUACAGUAGCUGCACAUCUGAAGGUUUGUGGAGUUAAGAUAGAAGAGGGUCCCGUGCAGAGGAGCGGAGCUGUGGGGACCAUCACCUCUCUGUACUUCAGAGAUCCAGACCACAAUCUCAUUGAAGUGUCAAAUUAUAACCAGUCGGUAUCAGAGGGAUCAUCUUGAGGCUCUUAUGUGAAAAUACAGCACCUCUCCGUCCGUUUGACCGAUUUAGCUCAAGUACUGUUUCAGUUAAGCUUUGAGAGCAAAAUCACUGGAAUUCAAGCAGCGCUUGCAAUUAGACCGGGGUAGAUAACAUCAGCUGGCUAAGCAGAAACACUCACUGUGUAGUUCUGCUUGCAGUUAAUUACUAUUUUAAUCAUGUGUGAAAAGGGCUAUUUUAUAUUUUUAUAGUAAAACUUUGUGAAUUUUGCAUACAUUAUGAAAUAACCUCACCACCUAAAUAUAUACUCUAAUGGGUAUAUAAUCAACAAUAUUCUUAUAGUUUGAAGAGAAAAUUAUAAAACAUGGCUUAUUCAGCUGAAAAUAAAAGCUUUUUACAGGUACUAAAGGUUCUGUUAUUUGCUUUUUGGUACAGUUGAUAUAACUCCCUGGAUUAUGUUAGCCUUUGAUAUUAUUUUCAAAUUGUUGUGAUUGAAACUGCUUUUAUUUAUAUAUUGUCUUUUUUUUAAGUCACUGUUUAGAAGUUGAAAAUUUCCACACCUCUUGAAUUACUGCCCAUUUUUCUGCAAUUCAGUUUUGUGUUGUGUUCAUCAUUAGUUGGAGAAUCAACCUGUAGUGGAGCAGGAAAAAUAAUAAAUCCAAAAUCGCCACGAGAAUGCAGACAGCAGUGGAUGAGAUUGAUGCAGGUGUGUGGUUUGUUGUAAAAGGACAACAGUAUUUUUUUGUGUGCUUUUCAGGAAACAUAAACUGCUCCUAACAUUCACUACUAUCCUAGGUUGAUUAAAAAAUAAUGAGAUGGAUACAUCGCUUGGUUCUGGUUCCUUAUAUAUAAACUACUUUUGACAAUGUGUGAUAAGUUGCGUUGCUAGACUUGACAAAGCAGCUGAAAAUUGUAAAUUCUUACAUGUAUCUCUGUACAGUACUUAUUUGAAACCCCUCUUUAUUCAUACUAAAUAUUAGUGGUUUUAGAUUUUAUUUAAAAAAUAAAUGGUAGGAAUAAGCCACAGUUUUGUCUAAAAGCCUAAAACAUGUCUUGUAACUUUUCUUUUUCCUGUUUCUUCUCCUCAGCACACAGUAAGGCUGCCCUUUAGUGGUGGCACACAACAUUACACCAAACUUAACAAGUGUGACCUACUGCCUGUUGUUCAAAUGAAUGGCAAUUUAAUACAAAUACCAAUACAUGUACAUGGUCACAAUUUUUGUGAGCAUGUGCAGGAAAGAUUUGUACAUAAAAACGCUUUUCAACAUGUGAAUAAAAUCUGUAAAAGACACUGAAAAGAAAUGUUUGUGAACAUCUGUGUACAGGCAGAAAGUAGCAAAUUGCACAUACAACUGAAUUUAGGAGAACUGAGGUUUAGUGUGAAUCCAAUCUGCCCAUCUCUCCCACAGCUUUAAAUUUUCAAGGGUAAUGUUUGCUGUCCAGUACUCUUUUGCUUUGCUUGAGCCUGUCACUUGUCAGGCUAAUUGUGAAACCUCUACAGUCUAGGAGAAAUCUCUUACAGAGUUGACUUGUUACAUUCCUUGUUGGAUGUGUAGUCUUGUAGAUGAAGGAACUCCUAGUUUUACAUGCCCCAUUAAUGUAAAUGUCUUUAAUAUUAAUCGUGCAGCUCAAUAAAAAACACCU